AUGUGUAGUUUUGGACAACUUUUUUCGUCGUUGAAUAUUAUUUUAAUCACUUUGGAACUGAAAAUAAUCGGUGAGUCCUGUGUAAUUAUCAGAUUAAAUAUUAUGACAGUUAACUAGGGGAGAUUUCGGCCGAAUCGCACUACAGAAUUUGGAUGACGUGCCUUAUAAAAUGAUGUGUGUCGGAUCUUGCAGGAGUUUCGAGCAAAUUAUCGGCAGCAGAAGUUGAACAACAUUUAGAACAAGGCAAGAGAUUGCUUGCCAGUGGACAACUAAGUGAUGCUCUCUCACACUAUCAUGCAGCAGUUGGUGAGUGAUUUUUAUUUUGAACCGGCGUUCGUCUACUUUCCACUCUAACAUUAGUUGUUAAGUUUUACAGAAAAAAAUCUUUGUUCUAAAUUAUUGGUUUGUCUGAUUCUCUGUUAAGUGUUAUCGCUUUAAAAUUUUUUGACAGUAGCUCAGAGUUUCCAAACUGGUGCACCGCAAUAUCUUAGAUAAGUUAAGAACUUCAGUCGAUGUUAUUUAUUUGGGUGAACUCAUGUGUUGUUACCUGCUUGAGUAGCAAAGCGUUUUGUUUUUACAACCUAGAAACGCAGUUGUUAAGUUUCUUAAAAUUUAUGACAUUGCCUUUAGUAGUGAGAAAGUUUAAUCUCAAAUUCGAGUGGAGUUAGUGAAACCCAGCUGAACCAACGAAUACGAUAGCAGAAACAUUUAACCCAAAUCAAAUUAACAUCUCGAAAUAAAUCACGUAGACUCUGUUGUGUUUACCAGUUCUUCAUGUCACGUAGAUUUAUUUGAAGCGGAAAGACUAUAACGUUUUCUUUUUGUUCUAUAUUGCCUCUCACUUAAGAAAAUUUUCCCCGGGUCUGUCGAUUUAUCUUGAUAUCUUUUUUACAUCAUCACAGAUGCGAAUUAAAUUUGCGCGAACGCUAUUUACAAUUCGACCAAUCAAAAAGUGCCAAGCUUUGUUUUUUAAAUUACACUGCAAAUAAUUUAAUUUAUACAGUACCAACAUAACGUUUGGAAAAAUUUGAGCACCCUUUUUGCAUUAGUUUCUCAAUUUUGACAUCACUUCUACAAGCUAUAUGCUGCACAAAUUGUGUAAUUGUAGAUCUGGGAAUUGGUUACUUAAUAAAUCAAUUUCUCAAUAUUAAAAUUUUUCUUCAUCAUCUAUUUGGGUUAAUCCUUCACACCCUAAUAUCAGUAUGCAUAUUCUCUAUACUGUUCAUUAUGCAUUCUUAAGGUGCUGGCAAGGAGAAUUUGUUUAACAAUCAAGAGCUUCUUUAGUUGGUGAUCAUUUCCUUUAUUCUUGUGACCUUUAUGUGUGAUUCAGGGAUGAUACUGUAAGGAGAAAAUAGAUGUUGGUCACUCUUAGGGGAGAAAAGGUUAAAUUGUAUUGAUAUUUAAGAAUAAAUUAAUUUGGUUAGGGAAGAGCUUAAUGUGUCUUCUUCAUUAUUUAUUUCAGAGGGUGAUCCUGACAAUUUUUUGACAUAUUUUAAAAGAGCAACAGUAUUUCUAGCAAUGGGUCGUUCAAAAGCUGCCUUACCUGAUCUGGACAGGGUACUUGAACUAAGACCUGACUUUUUUCAGGUAUGUUUUACAGAAUAAUAAUGGGGAAAGAUUUUUCAUUAAGUAAACAUUCAGAAGAAAAUUGUUUAAAUUUCUUGGAUCUUGCAGAGUAAAUUUUUUUAAGGGAGGCUGCAAGGAGAAUCUUUUCUCCAAGUUUGAAUUUCUUUAAUGUCCCACCCAAGAGAGCCUUUUUGAAUGGUUUUGUAUUAAAUGGAUUUGUCAGAAAUGUUACCAUAGGACAAACCAUAUGAACACAAACAUGUUUACUUCACCAUUGUAUCUCUAUUUUGCUGCUAAAUUCUUCCUUUGAAAAAAACUUCAGUUGCAUAUAUUUUGGAAACAGGACAUUUUCUGAUCGUAAAAUUUUGUUAGUAGGCUACUUCAACGAUAAUCUUGAACAGGUGAAAAAAAAAGGGUAUUGUUAGCCUUCAGGAAUACCUUCACUUCACCUUUUUUAUCUUAACAUGCAAGCAGUUUGCCCCAUUCUUAAUCAUACACAACCUCUGUCUUUGAUAGUUGAUAGCCUAAUUUUAAUUUUUAUGUCGAAAAGCAAACUGGAAAAAAGAAUGACCACAACCCUCAUUUCCCAUUUUUUAGUACACCAGUGAAAUUAUUUGCAGAGACUGAAAUUAUUACCAGUUACCUGCAGAUGUUUUCAGGUUAAAGUAAAAGUGAUCAGAAUCAGAGUUCAUCUUACUUUUUACUGCAGACCUCAAGCUUAGCUCAUUGAAAACAAUGUAAAUGACUGUGGUUUCUAUCUACUCUUUCCUUGAGUUGGGUAAAAUAUAUCAGGAGCUAUUAGCAAUAAUUUUUGUUUUAAACAGGCACGGUUACAAAGAGGGAAUGUCUUACUCAAACAAGGAAGAUUAGAUGAAGCACACAUUGAUUAUGAGGCAGUGGUGAGCUAAAUCAGUAACUCAGAGUUGCUGUUACAUAUGAUAGCUUAAGUUUACCCUUUCACUCCCAAAUGCCAAUUAGUUAUUAUCCUUACUGUCUGCAAUACAAUUCACAUGAUGUUAGUUUGGAGAAUUAGGUAUUGGAUCAAUUAGUAAUCCCCUGAUUGGUAGUAUUCUUCAUUCUCAUCACUUGUCUGCUUGAUGUUGUAUUGAUAUUGUGAGGAGAAAUUCUAUCUUAAUCACUCAUGGGAGCUAAAGGGUUAGGUAAUUAUGAAUGGGUGCAGUCAGAAUAACUUUUUGUUGCCUAUUGGCUCCUAGAAAUUAACCCUUCACACCCUAACGUCAGUAUGUCUAUUCUCUGCACUGCUCUCUUUACAUUUCUCUUGGUACUGACAAGGAGAAUUUGUUUAUCAAUCAGGAGUUUCUCUAGUUGGUGAUCAUUUCCUUUAUUCCUGUGACCUACAUGUGUGAUUCAGGGGUGAUAUUGUAAGGAGAAAUUAGAUGCUGGUCACUUCUAGAGGAUAGAGGGUGAAGAUCAUCACAUUGUUGUUGCUUUUAUAAAUCACAUUCAAUAACUUGGUUACAGUUUUGACUAGGGAAUUUACAAUCCUCGAUAGGAUCUUUUCUUAAACAGAAUUCCUACAUAACCAUUUAUAUUAUGGGUACUUAUUAGUAGGUUCAGCUAUAAUCAUAGCCUUCAGUAAAAACUAAGAACAAGUUUUAAUGAUCAAUGACAAUUAAUUGAUAUUUACUUCUUCAAAUUUUUUUCAGUUACAUAAAAACCCUGAUAAUGCUGAAGCACUGCAACAGGUAAGGGGUGAACUUGAAACGAAAGCAUCUGAUUUUAAAAAAAUUUUCUUUUGAAAGCAAAUUUUUCCUGGAUAUGUUUUGGUUUAUUUUCUGUUAUUUCUUUUUCUUCUUUCAUUGUCCAGUUAAAUGUUAUAGAACCCAUUAGGAAGGAUGUCUCAGAAGCAAGAAAUGCGAUAAAUAUGGGAGACUAUUCACUUGCUAUAGAGUUCCUAGGAAGAGCAAUAGAGGUAUUAUUAAAUAUUGAUAGUAAUUAUUAUCAAUAAUAAUGGUUAUUUUAUUAUGGCAUUUUUUGUAUAUUAUUAUUGAUGUCACUAUUAAUUAUGAAUAACUAAUCAUUAAUAACUUUGUAACAAUUGUCUCUAAAUAAAAAUAAAAACAUUGCCUUGAACAAGGGUUGUAUCAGAAGGGCUGAAGAGUUUCAUGAAUGGCACUGUGUUUUAUGAAGUAAAUGCAAGCCAAGCCUGCAAAUUAUGUCUAAUUUUUUUUCUCUUUAAGGUUGCCCCUUGGGAUACUGAACUUAGAAUAAUGAGGGCUGACUGUCAUGAAAACAUGGGAGACUACAUCAAUGCAAUUUCAGACAUCAAGUAAGAAUUUUUCAAGCUACUUUUCAUACAUUAUAUGUUAAGUAUUUUCACAGUUGCAACUUUGAAUACUAGAAAGUAUCGAAUUCUUAGAGCACCUGUUCCAUCAGACAGUGUGAUUGUCUGGAUGAGGCCAGGGUUUUCCUGAAAAGGAAAGUUGUCAGAGGUGAUUACUGACAUUCUGAAAAAUCUUAGAAAAUGUUGCCAUUCCAUCUGGACAUCAAGAAGUCACUUUCAGUCAGUUAUUGGACUCUGGUGAUGAGUGAAAUGAACUGUUGUUGGUAACAGUGACCUACAUUUUGAAAACCUGAGUGCAAAUCAUCAUCAUCAGAAACCAAAAAAUCUGGAGCCAAUGUUCUUUCAGGUCAUCACUUUGACACUUUCAGGUCAUCCACAUCCUUGAUUGGUAGAAAAAAAAAUUGUUAACUAAAAUGACAUUCUCAUUUUGCAUUUUUAUUUCAGGCCAACCACUAAACUGAUCCCUGACAACACAGCAGCAUAUCUUAGACUCAGUGAGUUACAUUAUGGAAUGGGAGAGUUGGAAGAUGCAUUAAGGUAAGUUAUCUACAGAUGCAAUAGCUGACACAAUAUCUGUGAAGCCCUCCUUAGCCCGUCAUACAAAUCUGCACCAAACACAUCUUAAAAACCUUCUUGCUGAUUACUUUCAGUUGUCUCUUGUAUCCGGUUCUAAUGCAGUGUUGUUUUUAAGCAUUUUAAGAUUCUAAACGAAAAGGGAACGAAUUGAACUGAGAGCUUUGGACAGUUUAGUGUUACCCCAUUGCAAAAUUCAACCCUUGCAUUGUCCUCUCUGUGGUUAAUAUGCAAUCUUCAACCCCUUUUUUCCUUGACUUUUAGGGAGGUUCGCGAGUGCCUCAAGCUUGAUCAAGAUCACAAAGAUUGUUUUCCUUUUUACAAGGUAAAACAGCACUUUCCAUCACUUUGCCAAAUUGAUUUGACCCUUACAAUUCCAGCUCCUUUCCAAGAACUAAAGCUCCUUUUGGGCAUUACCCUUCCGCUCCCAAUAGUAAUCGAGACGUAAUGCCUCCUCACAAUGUCAAUUUGAAAUUAAAAGAGACUGGUGAUGAGAAAGAAGAACAUCAUCUGGGGGAUACUAGCCAAGAAAACACCGCAUGGCUCGCCUGGGCCUCGAUCCAGGACUCCUCGAUAGGAAGACCAGCGCGCGAAUCAUUUGGCGAACUCGUCUCCCACACCGCCUUACACUGAUCCAACAAAAUUACACUUAUGAACACUUAACACUCGACAGAGCAGUAGGUUUUGGUAGAAAAGAACGGCAUUACCUUUAAUAUUAGCUAGCGGAUAACUGUUAGCCAACCAGAUGAAAAUUUUGCACCCUUUUUCCUUUUGCAGAAAUUAAAAAAAUUGAAUAAGCAGAUGCAAGCCGCUCAAGAUUUGAUCAACAAAGGAGAGUACGUACCUCUGUCUUUAACUCCCUCUACAAUUUCUUAAAGGUAGAAAGAAAUCCUAGAACAAUUGUUUCCUAGGAUGUGCGAAGAUUUGAGCCAUAAUGGUAGGCCAAAACGGAAGGAAGAUCUCUUAGGAUGUAAAAGAUUUUCGCGGAUUGUCAAUAUCGUACUUGAAAAAUUUUUGUCCACCUGUUUCCUUCUUAUAUGAGGGUUUUUUUUCAUCUGUGGUUUUCUUCAUUUUGCUAUUCCCAUGCAUUUCCUUUCUAUGAUUUUUCCUUUUCAAUAAAGUUUCCUGUCUUCUUAACAUUUCAGAUAUGAAGAAGCUAUAUCCAAACUCAAACAGGCUCUCAAAACAGAGUCUAAAAUUCCUUCAUUAGCAGCCAAGGCAAGACGCCAGCUAUGCCACUGUCACCUCAAGGUUCGUUCAGUAAAAGUCCUUUUCUCUCUCUUUAUUAACAGAACUGUGUUUGCUAGAAUUUUGUUAAAAAAAAAGUAAAACGCAACAGAAAGCUGUUCGGUAAGGACCAGGCCAGUAGGUGGUGGCCAUUGGCAGUGUGACUUAGCAACACGAUGAACGAGAGCGAUCAGAUUUUCCUUUUUUUCUGAUUGGAUAAUAAAAGUCGGUAGGUCUUCGGAAAUUUUCACUAAGAUUCUGUCGAGAUUACGUCCUUAAAAUUUGUGUUCACUGUUUCGUCUCGUUUAUUUUACGUGAAUUCUUUCAUAUCUGUUUCUCUUUAUAGCUUCAUAAUCCCACCGAUGCCAUCACAGAAUGCAACGAGGCGUUGAAGAUCGAUGAAAAUGACGUUGAUGCGUUGUGUGACAGGGCAGAAGCACAUAUACUAAAUGAAAUGUUUGAUGACGGUAUGGAAUUCUCGUCUCUUUUACCACCAAUUCACCGUUCAGAGCAACGAAAGUUUCUUUUUAUAUUUGUUUUUAGUUGUGACAUCGGUAUUCGCAUAUUUCCGGUUGGUUACUUGUCGAGGCCAGAAGUCCGAAAAAAUAAUUUGAUAUCGUACUUGUUUAAUGUCACGCAACGUGGUGUAUAUUACGCUGUUUAGUUUCUUGUCACGUGCACUUCAUUUCACGUGAAGUUUCGAGCAAUCUGAUUGGCCAAAAAAAGAAGAAAACCAUCAAACUGAUACCUAGCUUUUGGGAGGCCAAAUUUGUCACGGUUUUUUGUUCAUUUUAUGUACCAACCUCUGGGUUUCAUCCGCAGCUGUAAAUGAUUAUCAGAAAGCAAAGAGUAUCAACGAACACUUACACAAGGUAAGUUGGUCAGCGUUAUUCUUCUGCUUGCAACGGCUAGCCUGGAUGUCUCGUAAAUGAACAGUACUGAUAAAAUAAUUUUAAGUUGAAUGUCGAUAGCAAUACGGGCCUACAUUGGUUUUACAUAAUUUCGCUCAGUGAUUGGUUUAGGAAACUCCCUCAACUUUCCUUAUCAGAUAAAAAAUUGCAACAAAUCGGGACUUAGUGAGCUGCGUUUUCCCGCGCCUGACGCUGGCUACCACUGCUUAGUCUGACUUUUCAUUGGUUCUUACUGAAAUGGUCCUUUGCUCUGAUUGGCCAUUGAGAUUUCUUUCGUUUUGUUUGUGCCACGCUCAGUUGAAAUGGUAAUUGAUGGAAACGCAAGAAGAUGAGGUUUGUUGAAGUUCGAUGUGGAUGGGAAAGGAAUGGGUUUCUAGCUUGUUGAAGUGCGAUUAACCUAGGUUCUGGCCCAAACAGAAGGAUUUUAUUUCAAGAGUCGCCUAGCAGUGGUUUCGCCUGGGAACUUGCAGCAGUUGUUUUUCAAAAUGUCAUACAGUACGUCUAAACUAGAGAACCGCUUUACGUAUAAACGUAGCUGGAAGCUGUUUUGCUCAGUAAGAAUCUCUUAAUGAUUGGAACAAGAUUAUGGUACAAAUCAAUACGACAUAUUUGUUUUCAUUCGUUUAUUGUUGUUGUUGUUGUUUUUUUAUUUUUAUUUAAACCGAGUAUAGGUUCAAGAGGGACUGGACAGAGCACAGAAAUUACUUAAACAAUCCAAGAAACGGGACUAUUACAAGAUCCUAGGAUUGAAAAGGUGAAGUCUAUUCUUAUGUACAUAGUUGGUAGAAUGCCCGAUUCAGAACUAGUAAUAAAAACAAUUAACGCAUCUGGUGAAUCUUUUUCUGUUCUGUAUGGUUUCAGAACGGCAUCGAAGAAAGAAAUCUUGAAAUCAUAUCGUAAACUGGCCGUCAAGUGGCAUCCUGAUCAAUACAAAGGAGACGACAAGAAAAAAGCUGAGAAAAUGUUCAUCGAUGUCGCUGCAGCGAAAGAAGUCCUCACAGAUCCUGGUAAGCUAAAUAGCCUCGUUUUUACUGUCUGUUCUUUCCUCCGUUCGUUUGAAAGGUUCGUCUGUUAUUCAUUCGGUCGGCUCCGUCGUUUGUAUGGUCGGUCGGAACGAUCGCUCGGUCGGUCCGUCGUUUGUCCGUACGGUCGGUCUGUUCGUUCGUUUUUACGGUCGGUCUGUAGUUUGUUUGUUCGGUCAGUUGGUCGGUUGAUCGUUCUAUCUUCGGUUUGGUCGGUCGUUUGGUUGUUAUUUGGUUUGUUCGUUUUCACAGCAUGACUAUAUUCGUUUGUUUGUUCAUUUGGUUCAGUGUUCUCUUUUUCGUUUCUUCGUACAGUCGUCGAUCCGUCUUUGUUCGUUUGUGAUCGGUCGUGUUCUCGUUCUUCCGGUGGUUAGUUCGUCCGUUCUUUUUUUUUUGCUCGUUUUUUUGUUGUUUUCAUGCCUGAUUGUACCCACCUCGAAUGUUGCUGUCUGAAAUGUUGCUAUGAAUAAUGUCGCCACCCUGCGAUGAAAACUGAUGACGGAAAGACUGAAAACAGUGUGGUCUUAAAACUUUGCUAAUAACGACCUCUACCCCUACCCUCCCCCUUAAUUUUUUAGUUCAUUUAGUUGUAUCAGUGUGGGUGAGUCAAAGGGUGGGGUCACAAAGGUCGCUGACUGGGAACGAAAGGGAGGUGAAGGUAAAUUGAAUUCACAAUUUUUUAUCUUCAUUUUCAAAUAGAAAAACGUGCAAAAUACGACAAUGGUGAAGACCCGUUAGACCCAGAACAGCAAGGUGGCGGUCAUCAUCAUUGGCAACAAGGCGGAUUUCCUUUCGGUGGGGGCUUUGGAGAAGGUUUUCAGUUCAAAUUUCAUUUCAACUAGAACAACAUCCUGGCGUUUCGUGGGUUCAAUUACUAGUUCUAUCUUUAUGGCGACUGUGGAAUCCAUGUUGAACUGGAAACCGAAGGAAAAAGUUUCAAAGCGGAAGAUUUACUAUUUAUGGCAAUUAUAAUUAUUAUAACUGUACACAAUUGUAAUAAUUAUAACACUCUUAGGAUAUAUUCAACUCGCUCCGAUGUGAAUGGUGACUAAGAAAUUACUGAGUGAAACAGCUACUUUGGUGUGAUCUGCCAAAGUUGAGGUUGCGCAGAUGAAAUGUCAUUUUCUUUGCAGUCCUUCUAAGAUGAUAUUGAACUGACUUUAGCGCAACUUUUCGCAUUUAAGGUUCAUAUCCAAUUUGUAUAGAAAGGUUUUGAAAUUCUCUACAGAAAUAGUUGUAUUCGUUUUAUGAUUAAAUUUAACAUGUGGAUAUUCCUACGAUUUUCACAUUGAAGGAGAAGUGUUAUUACCUUUGUGUGGCCUGGAAGUGGAGACUGGAAACCAGAAUAGCGGGCUGUAUUUUUGAAACAUUUUUAUCCUUAUGGUAGCCUCAACUGGUCCAAAGCGACAAACUUUUAAAAAUCUUGACCGUUGCUCAGCAACUGACGAUAACGUCACCAAAUUUAAAAUUACACUUAACGCCGGUAAUAAUCGAUGUGAAACAGACUUUUAUUUUUCACCGACAUUUUCUUUCGUCGUUAGUCAAUACGUUUUUGAGCAACGACCACAGUCAAGCGAAGAGGUGAAAUUUCGUCGAGCAUAUCUGUAAUAACCUCACCUUGUGCGGAAAAAAUCAUCUUGUGCGUGUAUUUAUAGCUGUAAAAAUCAACAGUUUCGGGUAUUU